AUGCGCCGGAGGUGCUCGGAGGGCCGCGAGCAGGAUAUGCAGGUGAUCAAGAGGUUCGUCGAAUCUCACGGAGCGGGGGGCGGAUCGGGGAUAUCCUACGCGCUGACGGCAUUGGAGGCAGUCAUAGACGAGACCACGCUGAGGAAAGUUGAGACCUGCCAGGCGGAAGUGCUCCACCACGACCUGUGGGCUCAGCUGACGAAGUUCCCUAGGAGUGGGCUGCGCUUCAGAGCGAUCCUGGCCGAGCGGGAAGAAUGGAGCACGCUGGAGAAUUACGAGCUGGUGCUCUACCUGGACAUGAGCAGCAGGCCCGGCAUUGGACGCGCUCUCUUCAAGAUGGUCACGAGCCGGAACGCGACGGCGGAGGAGUAUGAGAAUUCGGUUUGGAACAGGUGGAGCUCAUACUUUGGCAGGCCGCGCGCGUUUCAGGUGGAUUCUGAAGGGGCGUGGAUGAGCAGGACGAUUCGGGAGGGCCCCGAGAGCAACGACAUCCAGAUGGGCCCGAUCCCUGGGCAGGCCCACUGGCAGACCGGCGGGGUCGCGCGUCUCAUCAGCCGGAUCAAGGACACCAUGGUGACCAUCGCGAAGGACCAGCCCGGCAGAUCGCGCGAGGAAUAUUUGGCCAGGGCCAUGGCCGCAUAUAACGAUUUCGAUCGCCACCGAGGCCUACCUCAGGAGGCUCCACCGGUGCCCCAGCACAGCAAGCAGCGAUCGGAGAGGCAGAAGCGACAUGAGGAGAAGGAGCAACUGCCGGAGGUGAAAGAGCGCCACUGGAGCCUGAAGGAGAACGCGUGGAGGUGGAGAUCACCAUGCCCGAAGGAGCUCGGAGUGGAUCGGCGUUUCGAGAUCUCCACGCGCAUGUGGCCACACAACUUCGUCGCCAACGUGCUGAGGAAGGCCAAGACGAAGGAGGCGCAGGAGUGGGUCAAGGACGCGGCGCUGGAAGCGCCACCAGAACAUGCGCGGGCACCGGCGGGCUGGACGAUGCGGCUUCCCUGGGCCCUGACGUGGAAGAUCGACCCUGCCGAACCUGGCGGGAAGAAGCGAAGGUGGACCGAGUGGGAGCACGGGACGUUCGCACCGUGCGGCGUGGACAUCACACAAAAGGCAGACUGGAGUUUUCAGUUCCAGAAGAUGCACAUGGAACAGAUCGGGGAGAUUGAGAUCCUGCCUGAACGCCGGAAACUUAUCUCAGCAUCGGUGACGGAAUCCGAGAAGAGUCAGUUCAGAGUGGCCACCGGGAGCCUGCAGUGGAAAGGCACACAGACGGGUCCAGACAUUCUCGCGGAAUUUAAUUUACUGCAGAGCAAGACAGAGUCGCGCACGGUCGAGGGUUUGAUUCAAGUCAACAAGCUGAGCCGCAGGGCGAGGGUGUUCGGUGGACGUUGCUGGGAGAUUUUCUCAUUCAGGAGUGAGGACCAGCUGGCUGUUGCUGGCUGGGGUGACGCGGCGUUCGCCAAUAAGAUCGACGGAAAGUCAACGGAGGGCAGGUGUGGCGAGGCAGAGAGGCAGGGAAGCAGGUACGGCAUUGAUGGCGUAGGCGGCGCGUGCCCGUUCGCGUUGCCAUUCGGGCCCAAGGGCGCCCUGCUGGUGCCGGCCCCGGCAGCCGCCGGCGGCGCCGCGCAGCUCCGCAGCGCGGCGGCGGGGCUGCGGCCGCCGGCGCUCUUCGAGCUGCGCACUGCCGGCGGCAGGUCGCGGCCGCUGGCCACCGGCGGCGUGGAGCAGCGCGGGGAACCCCCGCCAGGGGCCGCGGCCGCCGCGGCGUCGGCGGCGGGGCUGAAGCCGGGGCGCUGGGGCCAGGUCCGCAACCAGGACUCCGGGGACUCCGCCGCCGCGUGGUGUGAUCAGGGGGGCCGGUGGAUGGCCGCCGUGGCCGACGGACACGGCGACCAUGGGCAGUGGUGCGCGGAGUGGCUCUGCGACGCCCUGCUGGGCCUCGUGGCGGCCGCCCUGGACUCCGCGGGCGCGCACGCGGCGCUGGAGGCCGCGUUCGCGGAGGCGGACGCACAGCUGGAGGGCGCAGCGGCUGCCGCCGGCCUGGACGUGGAGCGCUCGGGGGCCACGGCGGUGGUGGCGGUGCUGCUGCCUGGCGAGGGGCUGGCGUACUUUGCCGCCUGCGGCGACUGUCAGGGCAUGGUGUUCGACUGCGCCGGCCCUGGAUUCUGGGAGACCGACGUGCACAAGCCGCACCACUCGGCCGAGCAGGCGCGCAUUCUGGCCGCCGGCGGGCAUGUGACCCUCGGGAAGCCGGCGUGGCGGAAACGCGUCACUUCGCGGGUGUACGGGCCCUCGAGGAGCUAUGGCCUCAAUAUACAGAACCGCUCCUUCGGGGACCUCUGCGUCAAGAGGCACGGCGUCGUGGCGAGGCCGUCGCUGCACCGGUGUGCCCUGCCGAGGCAGCCGUGCGUCCUGCUGGGCAGCGACGGGCUCUUCGACUACCUGCCCCCCGCCCUACUGUCGGUGACCCUGCGGGCCCGCUUGGCCGCCGACGGCUGCGCCGCUUGCGCCGAGGACCUGGUGCGGCGGGCGCAGGACAACGCUGGGACACGAUCCAGGGCGGCCUGUACUGCGACGACGUGAGUUGCCUGCUGCUGUGCACCUCCCCGCUCUCGCCGCCCGACGCCGGCGCCCCGGUGGAGCCCCGGUUCGUGGCCCGCGCGUCGCAGUACGGGCUGUGCGACCUGCCCGUUGGCGCCUAUUGCGGUUGGGACGAUUUCGCCACG